AUGAAGAGGAUUGGUGGUGCUGACCCAUUUUCAGCAGGUUCUGAGUCUGUGGUUCUAACUGGUGGUGUUGUUCAAGGAGAAGUGCUAAAUGAUGCUAUGAUUUUUGUGGAUGGUGUUGUUAUUCAUGCAACUGGUAUAGGAGCUUGUGGAGGGGUGGUGUGCUCCUCGAAUGGUACCUGGAUGAGUGGGUUCUCCCAACACAUAGGCCCUUGCUCACCUCUGGAAGCUGAGCUCAGGGGGAUUUUUCAUGGCCUUAAACUUGCUGAAAGGCUAGCAAUAGACAAGGUAUGGAUUGGUUGUGACAGUAAGGAAGCUAUCUUAUGUCUUGAGGCUGAACCUGUAACUUGUGGACUAUCUAGUUUAAUUGGUAUGAUCAAGAAUGCUACUGCGGGUUUUGAUCAGGUACAUGUUGAUUUUGUUCCUAGAGAGCAGAAUGAGGUUGCUGAUAUUUUAGCUAAAUUUGGUUUAAGCUGCAAGGGUGAAGAGACGAGGCUGAUUCCCUCUCCCCCUGCUAGCAUAGGACCCAUUGGAAAUCAUUUUUGGUAUGCAACAAUGCCUCUGUACCAGCCACCUAAAAAAGGGAGAAGACAAGGGGAUGAGAAGGUUAACGUGCUGAAUCUAGAAGCCACCAUGAAAGGUGGUGUUGUGGACGGUGGCAUCCCUGACAAAUUGGAUCUGAAGAUGUUGAUUGAGGAGCUUGAGGCAAUUGAUGUGCCUUCGGUUUUUAUCUGUCCAAUCUCUCUUGAGCCUAUGCGAGACCCUGUGACCCUUUGCACGGGUCAAACCUAUGACAGGUGCAAUGUUCUCAAAUGGUUCUCCCUCGGUCACAAUACUUGUCCCACAACAAUGCAAGAGCUUUGGGAUGAUUCUGUCACGCCCAACAGGACUCUCAACCACUUCAUCCUUAGCUGGUUAUCUCAAAAGUACUUGUCAAUGAAGAAGCAGUUCGAGGAUGUGCAAGGAACAGCCCUGGAGCUCUUGGACACGCUCAAGAAGGUAAAGGGUCAAGCUAGAAUUCGAGCUCUUAAGGAACUUCGUCAGAUUGUUGAUUCCCAUGCGUACACGAGGAAGAACGUUGUAGAAAAUGGUGGGCUUGCUUUGAUUUCUUCUUUGUUGGGUCCUUUCACUUCCCACGCCGUUGGGUCCGAGGCUAUUGGGAUCCUUGUUAAUUUGGAUUUGAGUUCGGAGUUGAAGAAAAAUCUGAUGCAUCCCGCGAAGGUAUCGUUGUUGGUGGAUAUUAUGAAUGAGGGAACCAUUGAGACAAAGAUGAAUUGUGCCAAAUUGAUUGAAAUGUUAUUGAUGGAAGGGAAUGGCUCGGAGGCAGAACUUGCCUCAAGCUUGAGUCUUUUGUUUGGGUUACUGAGGUUAGUGAGGGAUAAGAAGCACCCAACUGGGGUUUCAACUGGACUCGUAUUACUCAAGAUUAUAUGUUCUCAGGAAUCAGUUAGAAGCUCCGUUGUAAGCAUAGGAGCAGUGCCCCAGUUGAUUGAGCUUUUGCCCACUUUGAAUAAUGAGUGCUUAGAAAUAGCAUUAUAUAUUCUUGAGGUGUUGUCAACCCUUCAAGAGGGAAGAGUGGCUUUGAAAGAAUGUCCAAACAUUAUACCCAAUGUGGUUAAGUUAUUGAUGAGGGUCUCAGAGAACUGUACCCAAUUCGCGUUGUCAAUAUUGUGGGCUAUCUACAAGCUUGCCCCAGAAGAAUGUGCCUCAAAGGCUGUGGAGGCAGGGUUGGCGGUAAAGCUACUUUUAGUGAUUCAGAGUGGUUGCAACCCGGUGUUGAAGCAGAUGUCUGCUGAGUUUUUGAAAAUGUGCAGUUUGGAUUACUCUACUAGUGUCUUGAUUUCCCAGUGUAUGCUUACUACAACAAUACAAUGA